GCGGGGCGAGCUGCAGGUGCCAGAACACAGAUUGCAUAAAAGACUGGGGGCUGGUGGGGAGCAGGGGAAGGGAAUGUGACCAGGUCUAGGUCUGGAGUUUCAGCUUGGACACUGGGCCAAGCAGACAAGCAAAGCAAGCCAGGACACGCCAUCCUGACCCAGGACCAGCUUCUCUCCUGCCUUCCAACGCCAUGGGGAGCAAUCUCAGCCCCCAACUCUGCCUGAUGCCCUUCAUCUUGGGCCUCUUGUCUGGAGGUGUGACCACCACUCCACUGUCUUUGGCCCGGCUCCAAGGAUCCUGCUCUCUGGAGGGGGUAGAGAUCAAAGGUGGCUCCUUCCGACUUCUCCAAGAGGGCCAGGCACUGGAGUACAUGUGUCCUUCUGGCUUCUACCCGUACCCUGUGCAGACACGUACCUGCAGAUCUACGGGGUCCUGGAGCACCCUGCAGACUCAAGACCAAAAGACUGUCAAGAAGGCAGAGUGCAGAGCAAUCCGCUGUCCAAGACCACACGACUUCGAGAACGGGGAGUACUGGCCCCGGUCUCCCUACUACAAUGUGAGUGAUGAGAUCUCUUUCCACUGCUAUGACGGUUACACUCUCCGGGGCUCUGCCAAUCGCACCUGCCAAGUGAAUGGCCGGUGGAGUGGGCAGACAGCGAUCUGUGACAACGGAGCGGGGUACUGCUCCAACCCGGGCAUCCCCAUUGGCACAAGGAAGGUGGGCAGCCAGUACCGCCUUGAAGACAGCGUCACCUACCACUGCAGCCGGGGGCUUACCCUGCGUGGCUCCCAGCGGCGAACGUGUCAGGAAGGUGGCUCUUGGAGCGGGACGGAGCCUUCCUGUCAAGACUCCUUCAUGUACGACACCCCUCAAGAGGUGGCCGAAGCUUUCCUGUCUUCCCUGACAGAGACCAUAGAAGGAGUCGAUGCCGAGGAUGGGCACAGCCCAGGGGAACAACAGAAGCGGAAGAUCGUCCUGGACCCUUCAGGCUCCAUGAACAUCUACCUGGUGCUAGAUGGAUCAGACAGCAUUGGGGCCAGCAACUUCACAGGAGCCAAAAAGUGUCUAGUCAACUUAAUUGAGAAGGUGGCAAGUUAUGGUGUGAAGCCAAGAUAUGGUCUAGUGACAUAUGCCACAUACCCCAGAAUUUGGGUCAAAGUGUCUGAACAAGACAGCAGUAAUGCAGACUGGGUCACAAAGCAGCUCAAUAAAAUCAAUUAUGAAGACCACAAGUUGAAGUCAGGGACUAACACCAAGAAGGCCCUCCAGGCAGUGUACAGCAUGAUGAGCUGGCCAGAUGACAUCCCUCCUGAAGGGUGGAACCGCACCCGCCAUGUCAUCAUCCUCAUGACGGAUGGUCAGAAGGGACCUCUCUCCUGUCCCAGCCUCCCCACCUUCUCAGACCAGCAUGUGGUCCUUAAGUCCACUUGUAACACUAUACCCAUGGUUGGGGCCCUGAAUGUGACUCAUAGCUGGCUGUUCAUCUCUCCUGUGACCCUUCAUAAGGAAUUCUUCCUACAGCCCUGUAAUCAACUAUCUCUAACCCUUCCUCAACUUGCUCACCCUCCCACGUGUAUCACUGCCUUUAGCCAAUUUAUCUUCCUUAUCUCCUACCCUCAUGGUCCUGUCUCUUCUGCAGGAUUGCAUAACAUGGGCGGGGACCCAAUUACUGUCAUUGAUGAGAUCCGGGACUUGCUAUACAUUGGCAAGGAUCGCAAAAACCCAAGGGAGGAUUAUCUGGAUGUCUAUGUGUUUGGGGUCGGGCCUUUGGUGAACCAAGUGAACAUCAAUGCUUUGGCUUCCAAGAAAGACAAUGAGAAACAUGUGUUCAAAGUCAAGGACAUGGAAAACCUGGAAGAUGUUUUCUUCCAAAUGAUUGAUGAAAGCCAGUCUCUGAGUCUCUGUGGCAUGGUUUGGGAACACAGGGACGGUACCGAUUACCACAAGCAACCAUGGCAGGCCAAGAUCUCAGUCACUCGCCCUUCAAAGGGACACGAGAGCUGUAUGGGCGCUGUGGUGUCUGAGUACUUUGUGCUGACAGCAGCACAUUGUUUCACUGUGGACGACAAGGAACACUCGAUCAAGGUCAGCGUGGGAGGGAAGAAGCGGGACCUGGAGAUAGAAGAAGUCCUAUUUCACCCCAACUACAACAUUAAUGGGAAAAAAGAAGCAGGAAUUCCUGAAUUUUAUGACUAUGAUGUUGCCCUGAUCAAGCUCAAGAAAAAGCUGAAUUAUGACCAGACUAUCAGGCCCAUUUGUCUCCCCUGCACCGAGGGAACAACUCGAGCUUUGAGGCUUCCUCCAACUACCACUUGCCAGCAACAGAAGGAAGAGCUGCUCCCUGCACAGGAUAUCAAAGCUCUGUUUGUGUCUGAGGAGGAGAAGAAGCUGACUCGGAAGGAGGUCUACAUCAAGAAUGGGGAUAAGAAAGGCAGCUGUGAGAGAGAUGCUCAAUAUGCCCCAGGCUAUGACAAAGUCAAGGACAUCUCGGAGGUGGUCACCCCUCGGUUCCUUUGUACUGGAGGAGUGAGUCCCUAUGCUGACCCCAAUACUUGCAGAGGUGAUUCUGGCGGCCCCUUGAUAGUUCACAAGAGAAGUCGUUUCAUUCAAGUUGGUGUAAUCAGCUGGGGAGUAGUGGAUGUCUGCAAAAACCAGAAGCGGCAAAAGCAGGUACCUGCUCACGCCCGAGACUUUCACAUCAACCUCUUCCAAGUGCUGCCCUGGCUGAAGGAGAAACUCCAAGAUGAGGAUUUGGGUUUUCUAUAAGGGGUUGCCUGCUGGACAGGGGCAUGGGAUUGAAUUAAAACAGCUGUGACAACA